CUCAAUUUUUCUUAAAUUUCAAUACAAAAAUGAGUAAUCGGUCAUCGAGUGUAUUUGAUGAUACGGAUUCUGAUCCAGACUUUUUUAUUGAUGGAAUGAGGACAGAUUCCAGUAUGUCAGUAUCUUCGAUUGACGAGGAAACUUAUAAAAAAUGAUUGAAAAUGAUGAAAUGGUUAAUAACAGUAAUAAUUCAGGUACAGUACCAUUUUCAAACAAUAAUAAUCAAGGUCUUUCUAAUAUAUUAGCUUAUGACAGUGAUGGUAGUAAUUAUAAUAAUAAUAAUAAUAAUUAUUUUAAUGGUUCUCAACAAAACCACAUCAAUUCUCCAUCUACGUCAUUGCAUGUAAUAGAAGCAUCUAGCACUGAUGAUGAUAACAUAGUUAACAGUGAAAGAAAAGGUAUGAAGAGGCGCCGAAGAUUAAAUUUUGUGGAAAAGAAAUACAGCCAAGACAAGACCAAUAAAGCAUUUGGUUUAGAGUACACUAGUUUUAGCGGAAAAGUUGUUGAUAAAAGAAAACUAGGUAGACCUUGUAUAUGUAAAAAUAAAUGUUUUUCUAAAAUAUUCUAAGAUUACAGGACUAGUAUUUUUAAUAUUUGUAAUAAUAUUGGAGAAAAAGAAGAACUAGAUACAUAUUUAUGUGGUUCAAUUCAAAUAAAUGAUAAAAUUGUGCAUCAUAGACCCAGAACCAGUGUUAAAAAACUAAAUCUGUUAAUUGUAAGUUUCUUUUAAAGAUUAAUUCUGAGGAAUAUAAUGUUUGCAAAACAGCUUUCAUAUCUGUGUAUGGCAUAACAAUGGCAAGAGUAAAUCUUGUGUGGGCCCCAGGCCCAUGCCCCCCCCCAAAUAUGGCCCUGUUUAACAUACAUACUAAUAAUACAGGACUUAUUCACUAG